AUGGCACUAAUCACCGGCCGUAUUGAAACCCUAAAUUCGUCGUCAUUGUCAUCUUCAAUCUGUCAUCAUUCACACACUUCAUCAUCCCCUGCUUCGUUUUCUCAAGAUCCUCCUCCUCAUGAUCAGCCACAACCACCCAAUUUCCACGAUUCCAAGGGUGAAGUUGACGACUCUGUUACACCACUUAAACAUGAGACUGUUGAGGGAUUUUCAAGAGGAAAUGCAUUUGAAUUCGGGAGCAGAGGAAAACAAAUUGACACAAAUACUGAAGCAAUACGAGCUCCUGCUGUGGAAUUCAGGGAAAGAGUAGAACUGUCAUCUGUUGCUGCUAGAGUCCCAAACGCAUCAGAUUAUACAGAACUAUUAUCAAAAGCAUGUGGAAGAUAUCUCAACUUCUUCACUCUAAAGGACAUAAAUUCCUGCAUCGUGGCUUCAGAAAAUACAAGAGUUUUCUGUUCUAUUAUAAUAGCAGUCUUGGUAGUUCUAUCACAUACCAACCUUCCUCGGAACAUAGUGAAGUCGAAGAGCAUCAUAGCCUCAAAGCCCCUUUAUGUUCUCUUGCUAACUGACCUUACUAUUGUGCUUGCACAACUAACUCUUGAGAAGCGGAGAGACUCUGAAAAGGACAAGGAAGAAAAAGAAACGGUCUCACAAAAAGAUGGACAUAAUUGGAGAGGAGCAAUUAAGAUUUUGGAAGUGGGAUUAGUGUUGCACCAGACAAUGAGGGCGAUAUUAAUAGAUUGCAGUUUCUAUGUGGUAAUAGUCAUCUGUGGCCUUUCCCUCGUGUAGCCAAGUUGCUUUGGUUGUGGAGAUGAUCAGACACAGCUCCUUAGCUCACUCCAAGCGCUUUAGCAAAUUAUGCUUUUUCUGUUUGAUUCUAUUCAUUCUUUUAUUUCGACCAAAUUGAUUUGCAUGAUAUUACUCCCGUUGUGUUUAA